CUCACUCACGAAGGCUGUUGGUGUUGAUCAAUGUGAGUCUAUAAUUUAUUUAUCAUUUAUUUGUGCAGAUCGGCUUUUUCUCAAAGGAAAACAAAUCUCCUUGUAUAUUAUUUCCCUCCUCUCGCCGCUUCACACUCCAGUCCAGCGGGUGGCCCUAAAACACACACACUUGUUUGCCAAACACCAUUAAAACUCAGAAGAAGAAGAUUAGUUUCACUGCGCUUUCUGUUGUUUUGUCGUGAUCAUGGCUUAAUCUAAACUGUUAAAAUUGUUUCCGUAAAUAGAGAAAUACAGUUUUUGAGUCAGGUCAGUAAAUACCUGUAAUAUUCUCGUCCUCACAGUUGUGACUAAGUUUUGAAGCAAGCAGGAAUAUCUGGAGGAGUAUCAUCUGAACUGAGAUCUGCUGCUGUGAAGAUGGUGUUUGUUAAAGAGGAGAGAGAAGAGGACACGUGUGAACCAGAAACCUCCAGAAUAAAACACGAGGAACCAGAACUCUGGAGAAUAAAACAAGAGGAACCAGAAACCCGGAGAAUAAAACACGAAGAACCAGGAGGCCUGAUGAAAAUGAAAGAAGAAAGACAAGAUCUGAAUGAGGUGGAGGAGAAAUAUCAGGAUCAGAAAGAUCAUGAUGUCAAUGGAGAAAAAUCUGUGAGUUGCAGCAUUCAAAUAACAGACUUCAAAAGGCCUUUCAGCUGCUCUCAGUGUGGAAACACUUUCACCUGUAACAGAAAUCUUAAGAAGCACAUGAUAAUUCAUGCUGGAGUAAAGCUUUUCAUCUGCUCUCAGUGUGGAAAGACUUUUACAUCUAAAUCAAACCUUAAGAAGCACAUGAUAAUUCAUGCUGGAAUAAAGCCUUUCAGCUGCUCUCAGUGUGGAAAGAAUUUUACACAGAAAGCAAGCCUUACGAAGCACAUGUUAAUUCAUGCUGGAAUAAAGUCUUUCAGCUGCUCUCAGUGUGGAAAGAGUUUUACACAAAAAGUAAGCCUUAAGGACCACAUGUUAAUUCAUGCUGGAAUAAAGUCUUUCAGCUGCUCUCAGUGUGGAAAGACUUUUACAUAUAAAUUAACCCUUAAGAGGCACAUGUUACUUCAUACUGUGAUAAAGUCUUUCAGCUGCUCUCAGUGUGGAAAUAGUUUUACAAAGAAAGGACAACUUAAGAAUCAUUUGCUAACUCACUCUUCAGAAAAGUCUUUCAUCUGCUCUCAGUGUGGCAAGAGUUUUACACGUAAUGCAAGCCUUAAGAGGCACAUGUUAAUUCAUGCUGGGAUAAAGCCUUUCAUCUGCUCUCAGUGUGGAAAGACUUUUACAUAUAAAUUAAGCCUUAAGAGGCACAUGUUAAUUCAUACUGGGAUAAAGUCUUUCAGCUGAUCUCAGUUUUGAAAGACUUUGACACAGAAAGGACACUGCAAGGUUCAUUUGGUAACUCACUCUUCAUAAAAGCCUUUCACCUUAAAGAGUUAAAGUAAAUGACUGUUUUUCUGAAUGUCAUCUACUGUAUCACCUAAAAGAUGUGUCCUCUCUCCUUUAUUAUUUAUCUUGUACACAAAUGACUGUAAGAGUAGUUAUAGAAAUAGGCAUAUUAUAAAAUUUGCUGAUGAUUCUGUAAUCGUUAGCUUAAUGAGUAAGGAGGACUCCAUGUUUGGUCCUGUGGUUGAUGAUUUUAUUAUGUAGUGUUAGAAUGCUUUUUUAAAACUUAAAGGCACAAUAUGUAAUUUUCGCUGCUGGAGGGCGCGUAUUCAAAAUAAACAAAGACCAGGUAGCGUAGUUUUAUGACACAGUGACUGAGUGUGGAAUCAUAGGAGUUAUCGUCUUCAUCCUUACAGCCGAUGCAAUCUGAUGGGACUCGGGCAGAAAUCAUGUUCAUGGAUGAACUAAUGAUUUAUUAACGUAGUAGAAUGAAGCAGGGUGAGGCUGAAAGCCAUUGAAGCGAAAUGAGGCCGCUGAACGAGCAGGACACACAGCUCAAAAGCAGCAAAGCUUUUAUUAUGCCACAGUCGACCGCUUCUGCUCCUUCCGGUCGUAUGUGGGGAAGAAAUGCAGCACUGUUUUAUCAUACUAGAUACAUUUGAAAGUUCUGUUAUAAUGCUACUUUCUGAGGUCGUUACCGGUCUAUUAAAA